AUGCUCUUUUCCGGAGGGGGCCCCUCGAAUAAACCGAAGAAGGAAGAGAAAAGGGAAAAGAAGUCUGAUCGAGGUGAGUCCUCUUUCUUCAUCAGUUCCGUGUUUAGAUGACAAGUAUGAAGUCCAAGAGGCCGUCUUCACCAGAUGGGCCAACUCUUUGUUCGACGAUCCCAUCACCGAGAUCAAAGACAUCGUAGAACUAAGUUUUCUGCAGGCAUUCACUAAACUGAUCACCGGCAAAACAGUGGUAAUACUCUAUAAAAUACGACUAGUAAAUUCAAAAAAACGUGCUAAAAUAAAAUUUCAGUCGAUAAGUGGGAACAGAUAUGAUGACAUUGAUGUCAUCAUUCACAUUCUCGCUUCUGAUGACGAUGACAAGAUUUUGGCUUUAAGUGUCCCCGAUCUCUGCGAAGGGAAUGUAAAACAACUUCUGAUCCUCUGCAACUCAUUUAUAAACAUGUAUUGGAGGAGAUUUGCGCCCCAAGAAAUGGGAGAUAGGAAGAUUUCCGAGGCCAUCAGAGAUUGGUGCCUCGAGGCAACCGCAGGAUAUGAUGAUGUGAGGAAUAUAAAGUAACAAUAUUUUAGUUACAGGUAUGUGUUAACGACUUCACGUCUUCAUGGAGAGAUGGAAUGGCAUUAAACAUCUUGUUACAUUCCUACGAGUGAGUAGUAUUGACUUAUAAGACCGCCACUUUAGUUCCAAUAUAGUAGAUAUGAAUGCAGUCCGAGAUAUGCGAGGUGAUGAGAGAUUGGAGAACGCCCUAAGUAUUGCCAAAAGAUAUUUUAAAGUCCCCAAACUCAUAUUGUCCAAAGGUAACACAAGCAGCUCUUAUUUACUCUCGAUUUAGAAUUCCACAGUGAGCACUUAGAUUCCAAAAGUGUUCUUUGUUAUUUGAUGAUGUUGUACAUAGCGAUGGCAUGUUAUUCCAAUUCCCAAAGUAGUUCUAGUAAGAAGUCGAGCAGGUCUUCUGAUAUCACCAGAUGGGAAGAACGUCCUCCGGAGACCUUGCAACCCCCGAAAGAAUCGACUAUUCUAGAGUUAUCACCCAGUACGUCUGUUCAAAGUAGUACUCAUUCUUCAGCUCCGAGCUCUUCCACAAAUGUUACAGUAAUCCAUAAGACGGAUCCCAUGCAGCAAUCAACCGAAACCAUAUCGGAUGUGAACAUAAUUGACGUAAAAAUAACUCAAUAUAAACAUAAUAUUUAGGCGGAGACAAGAUCCCGACAUUCCUCAGUUUCGUCUAGUCAUAAGUCAUCAAGGAAAUCAUCAAGAUCCAAGAAGAAUGAGAACGUCCUCAAAGAAUACGAAAGAUGUCUUGAAAAGGUUCUGGCAUGGUUGCUAGAAGCUGACGAAGAGCUAAAUUCUAUGGAACCAGUCAACGAAUCUGAUGUGGACACGGUGAAGAAUCAAUUCAGAGAUCAUGAACAAUUCAUGCUGUCCUUAACGGAGAGCAAAGACAAAGUUGGACGCGUCCUUCAUGAGUAAGAAACUGAUAAGUGGAUACUACUUAUUUAGAGGACAAAAACUGGUGGAUGAGUUGCCGGAAGAAGAGGCUAAAUCCGUCAAUGAUCAACUAUUACUUGUGAAUCAGCGAUGGGAAGACGUCAGAUGUCAAGCCAUGCUGAGACAACAAGCUCUUCAAGUUCAGUUGAAUAAACUACAAAAAGAACAGCUACAACAAAUAUGUGGGUGGCUCUCGGGAGUCGAGGGUUUAAUCGAGGACAGGAAGACGUUACCUUCCGACAUUGAGCAAUGCCGACAACAAAUAACAGAACAUACUGUAUUCGAAGAACAAAUCGAGAAACAGCAACAAGCCAUCAAGAAACUCGCUUCUUAUAUGGCUGUUGUCAGUGAUGAAAGCGUAGACGACGAUGAUUAUGUAAAGAUUGAAAGUCUGCUAAAGGAAGUAGGGGAAAGGUAAGGCAAUUUUAAAAUCAAUCAAAAAAUCAUGUCGUAGAUGGGACCGAAUCUGCAGCUGGACUGAGAAGAGAGCGCAAAAUCUGGAUGGAAUAUGCGAUCUGCUCAAAGAAUACGACAAGAAGUUUACUCAUCUCUCGGCAUGGUUAACUGCUCGACAAGAAGAACUGGUCCGUCUGAGAUCAGCUCAUCAUUUAACGACGACAGAAGAAGUUGAAGAACAAAAGAAACUUAUUAAAGAGAUGGACGAAGCUCUUCAAAAAGAACAUCCUUCCUUCGUUGAGCUGUCCCGCCUGUCUACUGAGCUACGGAACCGAUAUAAACUCGAGAAUCAAGAAUUCACAGAAAAAAUCAUCAAGGAUUUUGACUCGGUUACUCAGAGAUGGGAGAAUAUUGUCAGCAGAUUGGAGGAGCACUCACAAAUGGUAGGCAUAGAAACAAGUGAAAUCAGCUUUAGUUAAACCGUGUCAAACUAAACCCAAGAACAGUAUCAUCGCAAUCCGAUUCUUCAGCACAAGGAGAAUCAUCAAGGGAAGAGGUGGGUACUGUAAAAGAAGGAUUGACUAUUACUUUAGGGAGAGGCUAGAUUGUCAACAGAGGAAUCUGAUGAGAUACCCAGACAACCCGCGGCGCAUUCCGAGGAAACGAUUAAUAUUGUAGAGCUAUUUAUUGAAAAAACAAAACAAUUCGAAGCGUCGUUAAAGCCAUUGGCAGAAAGGUUAAAACAGCUCAAGAACCCUACCAAACAACAAUUCACCGUUAUAGCUGACGAAUUUAAGGUACGAAAGAAUAAAAAAAUAAAAGACGAUUUUAGACCCAACUCGCUCAAGUGGAAGAAUUGGACGCUUUGGCCGAGAAAGUACACCAGUCCAGCAUGAAUCAAGCAGAACUGCAUGCCGUUAACGAAAACCACGAGCGGGCCAUGAUGUUUUACGGGAAACUAGUCAACGAAUUCACCGAACGAAUCAAAUAUAUGCAAAAUCCGAAUGCUUCCAAGGAUGAUACAGCUAAAGUGGAAUUACAUCUCACGGAAUGGAUCGACAUGGCCAAGGCCCUCUGGAAAGAUAUAACAAACACUCCGAAAGAGGCCCGAGGCCAUCGAAUCGACGCUUUUCUGAUUGAAUUAUUGGAAUUACAAAAAAAAUUCUCCGAUUUUAAAGCAGCAAAUCAAAACACGGAAAGAUUCAGACCUCUAGAGAAUCAACUCAUCGAAUUACAACAGAAAGCCAGAAGAGAAAAAGAAAAGGAAAAAGAAGAAAGAGAAAAGGAACAAGAAGAACAACAAAAAGAAGAACAAGACCCCAAGAAAGCCCUAGAAUGGAUAAGAAAUGUGAUCGUGGAACUCAACAGAUUUAACCUUAAUUCAGGAGAUUUAAAACAUCUCAAAGAUCUGGAACAAACGCUCAGAAUGUAAGUAUAAAAGUAAAAGGAAAACAGUUUCGUACAGAACUUCCGAACAAUUGAAAGGAAAACUGGACGUGAUAACUGAUGAAGACUUUGUAGCCGAAACAGAGAAAGUGGUAAACAUACUUAAAAAGACAACAGAUGAAUUGAAUGUAAAGAUAAAUACAAUUGAAAAUAUCAUCCACAAAGCUGUGACGACCGAGCAACUGGCAGAUAAAUUUGAGAGAAGAUUGGCCGAUCUGAAAAGAGGGCAAUUCGAAUUGGGAGUAACGGAAUCUGAAUCCCGGGUAGGUUUAAGCGUUCGGAAGGGAAAGAGUUCGAAAGAGGGGAGUGUUCGAACUCAACCAAAUUUUGUGUUUUAUACCCGGGAAGAGUCUGCCCGUUCUCGGAGGAUAGGUUACCCCACGGAUAGGUUACCACACCGGAUAGGUUACCUAGAGGAUAGGUUACCCUUUACCAAAAAAAGAAAAAAGUUUUUUUUGAAAUGUUUUCGCUUCGGGACUUGGAAAAAAAAGAAUUUUUUGUGAAAAUUGAAUAAAAUUUGAAAUGUUUUCAGCUGACUGAGUAUGAACUGAUUGAAUAUGAAAACUGGGUUUCUGUUACUUUACUACCUUUAGGGAUUCUUUUUGAAAUUUUUUCGACUUAUAACACUUUCAGACGUUAACGGUGUUGUUUUGGUGCCUAUUACUGCUUAAAAAACACAGUUUUAACACUUGGUACUAAAUAGUACUACCUGGUACUAUUCAUUACGAGGUGCAAAUUUGGCAGUAAGGCAGUAAUGGUGAUGGUUUGGUGCUUAGUAGAGCCCAAAAACACAUGGUACUAUAUAGUACUAGGUGGUACCAUCGAUUUUAGACAAAAUUUUAGUGCUGGCGGCACCACAGUUCAUAUUCAUUCAGACACCCUUUUUUCUACUCCCGAUGUGAAAAGAUUUCAAAAUUUUGUUGAAUUUUCCAAAAAAUCCGUUUUUCCCACUCACGAAGAGAAAACAUUAAAAUUUUGUUUAAUUUUCCAAAAAAAAUCUUUUUUUCCAGUCCCGAAGCGAAAGGAUUGCAAAAAAAAUUUUUUUCUUUUUUUGGUAAAGGGUAACCUAUCCUCUAGGUAACCUAUCCGGUGUCCGAGAACUGCUUUACUUUAUUUUAUAGAAAUUACGGGACGAAUUAUUCCAACAUAAUGGCCAAAAAACUAAAGCCAUCAAGCAGAUGGAUGAAAUGUUACAAAUAUGCCAAAGUAGCAACGAAAUAGAAGCUGCAAAUGGUUGGAAAACAAGAAUCAAUAAGUUGGAACGACAAUGGAAAACUCUAGAGAAGGAUGUAGAAGAAUAUAUAUCGGUGGUGGCGAAGAACUAUAGGAAACAUUUCCAAGACAUUGUGGCUGAACAAGAGCAGCUAAGUAAUCAACUUAGAGAAGCAAUGAUCGCAAGCGGAGAAGCAACAGAUGCGGAAGAACUCAGUGAACAUGUGGAUGUAAUAUUAUAUAGAUGCUAAUUUCAUUAUUUUGCUAUUUCAGAACAUGGAAUAUUUGUUGGAGAAACUGACAAAGACAGGCACAGAAGAAGUGGAUCCGUUUCAGCAAUAUAAUCUGACAAAUGACACAUAUGUACAACGAGAGAUCGAGCGAGUGAAUGUCCAGAGGAAGCACAUAAUAGACUUGGCCAAGGAACGUUGCGCUCGAUUGCAGGAGGCCAUAUCCAAGUGCGAGAUGUUCGAAAAGGAUUUGUGCAACUUCCAAUCUUGGUGUCAACAUAUGAAUCACAUUUUGAAUACAAGAUUGUCCCAGGAUAUAAACGCUUUGGAUGUCCCCCAUGAGUAUAAGGUAAGUAACUUGUAUGAUCGGAUUUGUAAAGGCGUGGAAAACAUUCCCCAUUUUAUUUUCCAAGGUUUUGCCGAUAUCCCUCUUGUUUUAUACGUCGGAAAAAAGUUAUAAUGAUAAGCGGUAAUUCUGGUCAUGGAAUUAUCGACGGUGAGAACUUUGGGAUCGGCAUAAAGUCCGUGCGACCGUUUGUUGCAAAAAAAUCUUGGAUUAGCUCAAAAAAGACUUCAAAGUGGAAAGAGGUAAAAAGUAUAAUGUACCUUAGCACGUGUGUGAUAUCAUUUAUUAGGGAUAACAAAAACAAAAUUAUAAGUGUGAACGCUAUAAAAAUUGAUACGGUAUACCAGAGAAUAUGGCGUAGAGAAAUUAUGGGUGACGCACGGUUAGGCGGUGCAAGUUCGGGGUAAAAACUUUUUCCCCUUUUUCUUAGGUGAUUUUUGAAAAUUCUGCUUGAAUUUUGAAAUACAACAAUAUGGGUUGUCCUGUCGGUAUUUAUUUUUCUUGUGUAUCAGUACACUAUAUACCAAACUUGGUCCGAAUUAGAAGUGGAUGGUCAAAACUUUUUACGCGUUGUAUAAUAUAACUGAUAUCGAACAUCAUUUCUGUAUUUUUUCUUAUCUUUCUGUAACUAUUAAAGUGUUGUAUAGUCUUCAAUAGGUGUGUUUUAUACCAGGCCAUAGAUAGCACUGCGCCGAUAAUUCUGAGUUAUUGAAAUUACACCGAAUUGCUUUAUAUAUUUUUACCGUAUUUCAGAAAGCCAGUGCAGAAGGAACUCUGCUGUCUGUAAGUUCUAAUAAACUUGCUGGUUUGUGUGCGAUCUUAGUGUGAAUCCUUACUUUUUGAUAGUACUAUUAGUGUUUGGUGUUAGUGUGUGGAAGAUUCCAUUAAUCAUGUAAUUUAAUAUGUUACCAUGUAAUAAAAAUACUUUCAGCAAAUGAACACAGAGUUCUCAGAAUAUGAUGUACUUCUCCGGUCAUUGGGCGAAUUCAUAGAAGAGAGCAAAUCACAUUGGAGUUCAUCGGACCGCUUGAAACUGCAGAAGAACCAUGCUUCUGCUCAACUUGAAGAAUUAAAAGGGAGAUUUAACCUGUUCAAGAAGCCGGUCCAAUUCGAAAAAUCAUUGGAAUCGAUUGAAAAAAUGUUGCAAAAUGUCGAGGAAUCCCUUGAUGAUUUGGCUGGUGUCAAGGCCGAGAACUGUGAAUAUUGCCAGAUCCAUAUAAGCCAAACAAUGAAACAAGUGGCCAGUUGCCAAGAGACGCUCAUCGAUUUGGAAAACAAGAAGGAUGCUUUGGUUCAAGAAGGGAUAUUCGAUGAAGAACAAGCAAUAAUUGCAGAUCAAAGAUUGGAAACAGCUUUGCGGAAGACUCAAGCCUUGGAUGCCAGGGCUGUAAAUGACAUGGAGAGGUUGCAACAAUCCGCACAACUUGUUAAAAAGUACGAAGCAGAGAAGAGCAACAUUUCCAAGAAUAUUCGGGAAAUUGAAGAUAAGGCAGUCAAGGCCCCAGAUGAUAUCAGGAAAAGUCUGGAGGAUGCUGUUGCCGGAAUCAAAAAGGCCCUCGAAUUGAAGGCCGUCCUGCAUCAAAACGCAGUUCGAUUGUCUGACUCGGAACUGGACGAAUACGAUCGAAAGGUGCAAAUCCUUCGAAAUAAAUACGGCAGCCUUUUAACUUCUGAUUCGGAAUGCGCUGAUCACUUGAAAACAGUUGUAAUUUCCUUGGAACGAAGUGUGAAUAUGUUGGAAAGAAGUGGUGACAAAAAACAGAUGCAACAAGUACGAGAGAAAUUGGUUAACAUUAACCGACAACUUCUGAAUUCUGGUGAUGAGAUUCGAAAAGAGUUGGGUCCCAAAGUAGCCGAAAUAAAUUCUAGGAUUUCCGAAUUGGAAAGGGAAUCCAGAAGCAUAAGCAGGACGGCCAAAUCGUUGAAAGAGACCUCAAGCGAGUUACACGAACCCGUGCUUCCUCCAACUACCGAUCUCAACAGUGACAACUUCGAAGAAUGCGUUUUCGAAUUCUUAAGAUCCUCCAAAUCUCUUUCUAGUUACUUGAAUUUCAAAACGUUCCCAGUUGAAGACACAGCCAAGUGGGUUCAGCGAGUUAAGGUAUGUUUAAUUACUUUAAUUCAACGAACUAAUCUUACUUUUUAGGUAGCAAGCCAAGUCAGUGCUUCAAAUGAAGAAUAUCGGGAAAGAUUGGUGAAGUUUGGGAGAGAAUGGGCCGAAAAAGGGAGAAUGGAACUCUCAGAUCAACAAAUUCUCGACUAUCUCGAUGAAUCUGAUGCCUUGACAACUAAAAAUUCUGAACAAAUACAAAGCGAAAAUGAACUUUUAAACGCGUUCGAAACGUUGGAGGAGAUGACCAAUAACUGUUUAACAAGCAUUAAACAAAACAUAGAAGAAAUUCAUAAAUUGGAUUUGACUGAUCAACUAAACGUCCUAAAAGCACAAGAUGAAUUAGAGGCUGUGAAUGAACGGAUUACAGAAUCGUUAAUUGCUAUUGACAAAUUCAGUCAGAACGCCCCAGGCAGAGAGAAGAUCUUCCAGAUUUUGUACGAUAAGAUCUCUGAGUUACAGGUAGAGGUUGAGUAUGCGAAUGCUAGAGUUAGACAGGCCCUGACAGAUCUAUUAACGACUACAGAGCAGGUCUCGGAUAAAGAACAGGACUUCAAGAAGAAGCCCGUCCAUCCCGAUGGGGUGUCAAUGUCCUCUGGAGCGGGACUUUCCUUGGCCAUGGAUGUUCAAGAAACCGAAGGGGAAGAAUAUUUCUCUGAUGCUGCAAGAAAUCAGAAUAAAAUUGGAGAUGUUUUCAAUGAUCUGGAUACUUUCGAAGAUUUCUUUGAUAGAGAUGAGAGUCUUCCGUUCGAAGGAAUCGAUGAGAAGGACCAGUAUCUGAAUACAAUUGAGCAAAGGCUGGCAGAAGACAAAAAGGUGAUCAAGCAGAUGCAGAUGAACAUGGAUGUAAACGAAUAUGAACAUACCAUGGGCCGUUUUAAAGCGCUUUCACAAAAUUUGCUCACAAGACGUGACAACAUGAGGAAUAAUCGAUCCACCAUCGACAAUCUUUUCUCCUUCUUCUCCCAAGCAGAGGAAGACGUGUUCAAGUUGGAUAACAUCAUCCGAAAAGCAGACAAGAAUAAAAGUAAAGACCAUUCCGUUGACAUGGAAGAUUGGGAGGCUGGCCAAUUGGAAACCGAGAAUCUAAUCCCGUCGUUGGCCGUCCAUAUUCAGCAAUGUGAGAAUAGAUAUCACAAUCUCAAGGAUAAAUUGUCAGCCUCUCUACAAAAUGAAUUUGGAACUCGUCUGGCUAAUCUAAAUGAUGAUUUUAAUCUUUUGAGACAUGCGGUUGAAAAGAAUAGAAUGAUUUUGGAGGAUAAAUUGGCCGAUGAGAGGUACCUAUUGAAAAAUAUGAACAAGUUCUCCAACUGGUGCGAUGAAAUUGAGAAAUUUUUGGUAAGGAUUCCCUUAGCUAAAUCGUUGUCACCGUACUUGUUUUGUCUAUUCUCUAAAUUUAUUCUAUGCAGAAUAAACAAGAAUCGUUCUUGGAUCCUUUGGGACUAGACGCUUCCUACGAGCUCAUGAAGCAUCGACAAACCGAAGUUGAUGAGAAGAUCCUUGCCUUCCGAAGCAUAGAAAUGUUGAAAGAUCGAUUCGUAGCUUUAGGCGAUGUCGACACUGAAGUCAAACACAGAAUCCGAAGGGAAAUCACACAGUUGGCAAAGCGAAUCAGUGAUGUAUGUUACAAUGGUAAGAGUUAAUAACAAUUUGUUUUAGCUGCAAUUGGCGAUGACGAAACAGACAAAAGAACUGGCAGAUCUGAAGGAAAUAUCGGACGAAUUUUGGACGGAGGUGUCAAAGAUCAACAACUGGGUUCAGGAUGCUGAUGUUCAAGUAAGCAAUGUGGAGAAGGCUCAUUUGUAUAAACCAAUGCUCUUCAAUCUGAAGAAGAUGAUUGCUGAAUCUUCCGACUUGAAAUUGCAAACUCAACUAAUGCAACGGCAAGUGGCGGAAGAGCUUCUUGAACUGAAAGCUCCCAACGAAAUCCAUCAUCAGUCGGGAAAGGUAAGUGAUGGGUGGACAUCGGAAAUGUAUUUUAGACUGUGGAUACGGUAGCGAAAAACUUCAACAACGUAAUCGAAAGGGCACGGGAACUGCUGGAAGGAACGCUAAAGGAAGAACAGGUAGAAAAAUUAGAAUUUGCUCCCGAAUUGGAACUGGAACAACUGGAAUCACCACCUCGAAAUUACAAUGGACGAGAUGACAGUACAGUGGAAUAUGGAACAUUAACCAACAGGGAUGAUUCAUUGCCACCGGCAUCAAUGAAAGACUCUGGCAGCAAAAGUCGAGCGGAAACCGAGGAAUUCCACGAUGCAUUGGAUAGACCAUUAGCCGAGGCAUUCGAUCACCUUAACAACUCAACUAUUUUGGAUGCGAAAUUCAAUCCAGAGGAAAAACAACGUCAAGAAAAAUGUAUCCAGAUAAACGGCAGGCUGCAGGAAAUUGAAAGGAGCAUCUCCACCACCGUCAACAUCACAGAUCAAUCUCAGAUUCGGCAGUUAAUAUCUGACAAUCAAAACUUCCUUAAUGAGAUUGGAAUUCAUAAGGUGGAACUCCAGAGAAUUCUUAAUCAAACUGAAGAACAAUUGAUUUCUUCUCGAGCAAUCCAAUGUCUCUACGAUUUGGAAAAGAUAUUAGAGUCCUGUAAGAAGAGGAAGCUAGAGCUAACCGAGAUGCUUCAUCAAACAAGGCUGUGGGAACAACUCCGAUCAGAGUUGGAACUAUGGCUAACCGAAGGGAACGAGAAAUUAAUGGCAACGGAAAGGGUGAAUGAAAUGGAUGAAGUGACUCUGGAAGCUGAAUUAAAAUCAGUAAAUGACAUUACCGGAACAAUUGACAAUAUGAAGGCGCAGAUGGAACAACUGAACCUGAGAUCAAACGAAAUGAUCGACAAAUUCAUUUACGAUGACAACCACACACUCUCGCAGCUAACCAGCAAACUUAACACGCAAUGGACAAAGUUCAAUGAAAGGUAAGAGGAAUGGGGAAGAGUUUAACCGAAAGUUUCAGUUUAUGUAUUAGGAGGGCUGUGUUGGAAGCAUCGUUAAGAUCGCGAAAUGAUAUUCACACAACACUGACCCAACUGGACGGAUGGCUAAACAAACAACUCGGAAUCCUGAAACAAUUGGACGCUGAUACCGAGAAUAAACAAAGAUUAAAGGACACGAGUAAAAGAAGAGACUGGAUGGGUCAAGAAAGGGAGUCUAACGCAGAGAUCGAGGCUCAUCGACAAGUAAUAACUUCGGUUAGAGACAUGUGCAAAAAUCUGCUGAAUGUCCUAGAGGCCGACAAUGAGCGGCAGACUCUGCAGAACAAACUGGAGGCCGUCGAAGCAAAAUGGGUUCAAAUCAACGAAUUGGACUCUAUUGUUAGGUAAAGUUUUUGAUUAGAAAUAGGAGCAAUUAGAGGUGGCAAUCUGUCCGGUCGGGCUUUCAAACCUUUUCGACUUGUACAGCACAUAUAAAAAUAACUGUGGAGAGCAUAAAAGUUUUGGAAAAAAUAUCAAGGACUUUUGUCCAAACUUUUGUCCUACGGGUCUUGGCAAACUUGAAAAAGCCCCGAGCCGGCCUAACGACUUGGGCUCGCUGGCCAGGCCGCGAAGAUCGCCCAGAUGGAUUGCCACCUCUAGUAGGGCCAAUGAUGAAAUCAGAUUGCGUUAAUUGAGUUAUAAUUUUAGAGAAAGAAUACAGAACGCCCAGGACGAGUGUGAGAAGCUGACAAAAGACUUGUCAGAACUCUUGCAUUGGACGGAUAUGCAGAUUAGCACAAUAUUACAUGAUCAACCAGUGGGCGGAGACUUAACUACAGUACAACAGCAAAGCGACACGAUCAGAAAAAUUGAACGCCAGUUCGACUCAAAGAACCGCGAAGUUUCCGACUGCAUUCAGUUAUCCCACAGUUAUCUGAUGCAACAUGAUUUACGUCCAAUGAUUCAUAGGGGAUCUGCUUUCGAUUCAAGUAAAGAAAUGGAGAAAUCAGAUGCCCAAUUAGAAGAACGAAGGAUUGGGGUGCAAAUUCUGGCAGACAGCGAAAAGUUGAAGAGCUCUUAUGACGCGUUGAAACAGCACUUAAGUGCAUGGCAGCGAGUUGUAUCCACAGCUCACAGAGAACUUCAGGAGUUGGAUACAGCAAUCGCUGAAUCACUGUUGGCCAUUGGGACUAUCGAAAAUGAAAUGGACGGAAUGAAAUUGGUCGAAGAUCUGAGACUGGAGGAAUUAAAGGAAGCGAAGAUAGAACAUGCUAUCCUUAAGAAGAGAGUACAAGAUACUGCUGUGAAAGUUGAUGAUGUCAACGAUUGCACAGGCCAAAUUGCCGCACAGAACAUCGUCUUGAGUCCUCAUAUGGAAAUGCAAAUACAAACGGUAAAUGCCAGGUAUGAGAAGCUAAGCAAAGAAGUAGGCAUCAGAGGUGCUGCUUUGGAGCGUGCCUUUACCGACUUCGGUCCGUCCAGUGAACAUUUUUUGUCGGAGUCAGUCCAACCCCCAUGGCAACGUUCCAUAUCUGCCCUCAAUCAAAUGCCUUAUUAUGUGGACCACGUGACAGAAAAUACUCAAUGGGAUCAUCCAAGCAUGGUAGAUAUCUUCGAGAAACUGUGCACUUUCAACCAAGUCAAGUUCAGCGCUUAUCGGACAGCAAUGAAAUUGAGAGCUCUGCAAAAGCACAUGUGUUUGGAUCUUAUUGAUCUACCUAGUCUUGAUCAAGCCCUCCACAAAUACAGAAAUGCACCGUUGGAUGAGAAGAUAUCCAUCGAGGACGUUGUGAUGACCCUAGUUCCCUUGUUUGAGUCAGCGCAUCAAAAGUACCCUCAAUUGCUAAGGAAUGUUCCCCUAGCUGUAGAUUUGGCCCUUAAUUUACUACUUAACAUUUACGAUCCAUGCCGUGACGGGAAACUACGAACGGUGUCAUUUGCCAUAGCAAUGGUCGUAUUGUGCAACGCAACACUCGAGUCGAAGUAUAAAUUCUUGUUCUCGUUAAUUACAAGGGACGAGGGUGUUGACCACAAACAAUUGGGAUUAUUAUUCUAUGAUCUUAUUCAUGUAAGUCUUAAAGUCGUUUUUUGGUAGCAUCUUAUUGCAGAUUACGAAACUGUUAGGAGAAGCGGCAGUGUUUGGAGGCUCAAACAUUGAACCAUCUGUCCGAUCUUGCUUUGAGUACAGUAAAUAUCCGGCCAAACUUUCUGUUGAUCAAUACCUUAGUUGGCUCAAGAAAGAACCCCAAAGUAUAGUAUGGUUACCAGUAAUGCAUCGUCUGGCGUCAUCGGAAUUUGCAAAGCAUCAGGCCAAAUGUAAUGCAUGCAAGAUGUUCCCCAUUGUUGGAAUGAGAUAUCGAUGUCUGAGGUGCUUCAAUUAUGACAUCUGCCAGAAUUGCUUCUUCUCUCAGAGAACUUCCAAGAGUCACAAACUGACCCACCCAAUGCAAGAAUACUGCACACCGGUAGGUCAAUAAAAAUAGAUUAAUCCCUUCGUUGCAGACAAAGUCAAAAGACGACGUUAGAGACUUUACUCUUAUGGUCAAGAACAAGAUGCGAAGAAGCCGAAGCAAACGCGGUUAUCUUCCUGUAGAUACGGUGGACGAAGGCCUUCCCCUUGAGAAUAACCAGAAUGUUCCCCAAAACCCAGCCACAGAGACAAUUCAUCAAAGAGUCCAAGUUUUCUCUCAGCGUUUACUAAAACGCCAACAAGAAUCGAUUAGUGCAGUUAACGUCCAGAAGGCGUUACAGAUCAAAGAAGAAGCAAAGGUUGAGAUCAAAUCAACGUCAAAACAACCCCUUCAGUCAAAGUUACAUAAGUCGGCUACGGAUGGACCUGGAAUGCGAAGAGAUGUCAACGAAAUAAAGUCACCAUCUCAACUUAUCAAGCAAGUAGAACAGAUGCACAAGGAAGAAAUGGACCAACUUCUUCAGAAGCUACAGUAUGAAAAUAGGUAGGCCGACAGGGUUUUAUUAAAAUCAACAUUUUCAGUGAAUUACGCCAAGCGGUGGAAAGGAAACGGCAUUUGGGAUCGACCCCAAAUCUAGAAGGAAUGAGGCAAAGCGGUCCGCAAUCUGGAUAUCCGCUCAGUGCUCGCCACACUGCCCAACCUGGAAUAUAUGCAUCGACCCAAACAAUGCCCCAUGGAACAUCUAUCGGUAUCUCGCAGCCCCAUCCCUUCGCUCCACAUAGAAUUGUAUCACAACCUACAUUAUUCAGCGAGGACAAUAGAAGACAUUACGGACGGUCCGCAUCAUCCCUACCGCGUGGAUAUAGCGAAAUCGAAAACUUUACAACAGAUCAGAGACGUCUUUUAGAUGCCAAGUCCAUAAGAAUUCAUGAGCACCAACUUGAAGAACGUUCACGAGCACUAGAAGAGCAAAACAAACAACUUCAAAUACAGUUGGAUAGAUUGCAAAGAGUUGUGGAUAAGGUAGUCAUAACCCUCUUAAUUUUUAUAUUCUUUUCUUUUCUAAUUUCAGCAGACUCCCUCAGAAUUCCCUCGGCCAGUCGACACAUCUCACAUUCGACAGGAGUUUGGACAUAGAAAACCCGAGUUCCCAGAUUUUGGAAUGUAUGGAGUUAGUUCAACGGAUGAAGACGAUACGCCUGGAGGUAUAGAAGCAUUAAAGAUGCGAAGAAACCGAAUGGAUAGCUUGAUGAACACUAUGAACGAACUAAAUCGGGCAAUGGAAUACUUCGUUGGGUCAAUGCUACACGAAGAGCAGAAUUUAAGCGACCAAUACUCUGUUAACAUGCCACAAGACGGAUAG